CCGUUGUUGCGCUGCUGCCUAGGAGUCCUUGACAUGUUGAUCCAGGGGAAGUGUCACCAGUGCAUUUAGCUAAACUUUUGUUUCCCCACAAAGAUUAACUCCAUGCAAGAAACCACACUAUUUCUUCAGCGGCAGCUCAGCGCUGAGCGCUCGGAAGGAUUAUAAUAGAGUCGAAGGGGUUACCGGUAAUUUGAAAUGUGCCACCUAACAUCUACCACCAUGACCAUAUCAGCGCUCAUUCUUCCUUUCCAACUUUCAUCAACUUGCCAACGUACAUUGAGGGAAUGUUCGGCACCCUACAUAACCUUUGCACCUUUUCCAAGCAAGCCUGGUUCUCCGGAAAGCCUCGAUGGACCCCAGCCCAGAUGCCAGACUUGAAGGGAAAGGUCGUUAUAGUGACCGGUGGCUCGUCAGGGAUAGGGAAAGAGAUAGUCAGGGAAUUGCUCCUUCACAACGCUAAAGUGUAUCUUGCUGCGAGGAAUCCCGAGAAGACGAGAAAUGUUAUCGAGGAAUUGACGAAGGCUACGGGGAAGACUGCGGAUUUCUUGAACUUGGAUCUAGGAGACCUGAAAUCUGUGAAAGCCGCUGUGGAGGAAUUUCUUUCGAAAGAGAAGAGUCUCGAUAUCUUAUUCAACAAUGGAGGUGUGAUGCUAGCUCCCCACGAAAUGCUCACUGUCCAAGGCUACGAUUAUCACUUUGGCGUUAAUGUCCUCGGUCACUUUUACCUCACGAAGCUGCUGCUACCGGCAUUGCUUGCAACAGAAAGCAAGGCUCGCGUGGUUACGACCUCGUCCUCGGCUAUCUAUCUACCUUUGGGGAGCAAGAUUUCGUUCGACACGCUCAAGGAUGGACCAGCGAGGAAAAGGAAAUCCCUGAAGGAUCUGUAUGGUCAAAGCAAAGUGGGCGACGCGAUGUUCGCGUUAGAACUAGCGAGGAGGUACGGGGACAAAGGGAUAGUAUCUAUCAGCCUUAAUCCCGGUAACCUAAAGACGCAUCUCGACCGGCAUGCGAAUUGGUUGAACACCAUUAUUUUGUGGUUCUUGCUCUUAUGGCCCGCAACGUGGGGCGCGUGGACGUCUCUAUGGGCCGGCACGAGUCCAGAAAACGAGGAUGCGAACGGCAAAUUCAUGGUUCCGUGGUGUCGGGAGGGUAAGACGACCAAGCCAGUUCGAGAUUCGGAAGUCGGCGAGAGAUUAUGGAUUUGGAUGGAGGACCAGGUAAAGGAUAUAUAAUCCAAUGCUACUCUAGGUGCGAUUG